AUGAGCUCAGAUACACGUCAAUCGAGACCAAGAUACUGGUGCCAUAUCUGCAAUGCAGAAAUGCCCAUUUACAUGGCUCCCGACCCAACAUGUCAACAGUGCAAUGAGCAAUUUAUCGAAGAGCUCCACUCCGACGAUGAUCCUCGAGAGUUCCUUGCUGGAGCAGAUCAACACAACACAUCACCCAAUGCAGCAGACAACGAUCAUGCUCGCACGCCGUUCAGUUCACGCCAUUAUUUCGAGUACAAUCCUGCUACGGGUAGAUUGAAUCCUUUGCCUGGUGGCGGUAGCAAUGCCCACAACCACGGUGAAAUGGGGGAUGAUAUAUUCCAGUUCUUCACGCCUACACCUGCUCCUGCCAGAAGCAAUACCAACAGCAGCAACACCACAGAAGAUGGAAGAGAAAGACCACCGGCAACGGAAGGACCACCUUCACCUUUCGGCAACAUUGUUCAUAAUUUGCUCACCAACCUCUUGGGACAAAGUCCAGAUAUAGUUGCUGCUACGCAAAAUAACGAUGGAGAAGGAGAAGCAGGAGCAGGAGCAGGAGGAGAAGGUGGUAAUGGGGCUGAUGGGCAUGAUCAUGAUGGAAGAUCCAUGGUGUUUUUUGGCAAUAUGUUGGAUGGCAACGUUAGUUUUCAAUCAGUGCCAGCUGGUCAGGCCAUGCCAGGUGGUUUACCAAACCUUGGGGCUACGCUCGCUGCUGCUGCUGCUGCUGCAAAUGCAGAUGAGCGCAACGAAGAUGGAGACAGCACAAAUCCAGGAACGAGAAACACCAACGAAGACCGUCGAGGCAACCACAUAGCAAACCUUUUACAGUUCUUAUCUGACAUGACGGGCGGUGCUUUUGAUAGCGGCAUCAUUGGAAAUCCAAACGAUUAUGUAUUCUCGCAAACUGCUUUAGACAACAUUAUCACACAACUGAUGGAGCAGAAUGGAGGACAUGCACCCCCUCCUGCACCUGAGCAAGUCAUUGAAUCACUGCAAAAGAGGCCAUUAACAGACAAAGAAAAGAGUCAAGAGGCCGAUUGUGCUGUUUGCAAAGAUCAGUUUGAGUCCCAAGAACAAGUCAUUGAACUUCCAUGUGAACACAUCUUUCAUGACGAGUGUAUCAAGCCAUGGCUGAAAUUGAACAGCACCUGUCCUGUUUGUCGCCAUUCAGUAUUACCCGAUCAACAAGAACAAGACAGCACUAAUAACAGCAAUGCCGACGAUAAUAAUGGCCCCAAUGAUAAUACCCAAUCUAAUGCUACUCAAGGAGAAACGAAUAGAUCCGUUGCAGAUGACAACAACAACAAUAAUAAUAACAACAGUAGUAGUGAUAAUGGUGGGCGUGGUUCACAUGCAGGAUGGACAAGCACUGGUAAUGGAAAUAACGAACCACAAGUCGCUUCGUGGCCAUUGAAUUUGUCUGUUGCAUUUCCCUGGGCUGAGAUAGGCAGACAAGACAGCGAUAGCAAUAACAACAGCAGCAAUAACAGUAGCAACAACAAUAGCAAUACUACCGAUACAUCUACCACCAACACAACUUCGACAUCUACCAAUGAUGCUAAUCAAAACACCACCACUCCUCACAUAGAUGAAAAUCUUGAUCUCGAUCUCGAUUAA